UCAGAUCCCUAAUCCCAUCGCAAGCAUCAGACUCCCUCCAAAGCAGGCAGCAGCUCCUCUUCUUCCUAAUCACACUAUCUCGGAGAGGAGCGGCCAUGUCUGGGCGCGGCAAGGGCGGCAAGGGGCUGGGCAAGGGCGGCGCCAAGCGGCACCGGAAGGUCCUCCGCGACAACAUCCAGGGCAUCACCAAGCCGGCGAUCCGGAGGCUGGCCAGGAGGGGCGGCGUGAAGCGCAUCUCCGGCCUCAUCUACGAGGAGACCCGCGGCGUCCUCAAGAUCUUCCUCGAGAACGUCAUCCGCGACGCCGUCACCUACACCGAGCACGCCCGCCGCAAAACCGUCACCGCCAUGGACGUCGUCUACGCGCUCAAGCGCCAGGGCCGCACCCUCUACGGCUUCGGAGGCUAGAUUUGUGUGGUGAAGCAACUUCCUCGUUUGCUCUGUGAUCUGUGCUGUCGUAGAUGAGAUUUACUGAUUUGGCGUGCGCCGGUUGUAUUCUGUCAUGGGGUUCAGUAGGCUGUGUAAUACCUUGCUCUGUACUUCUGUUCAAUGCAAUCACUUCUAUUCUGAA